AUGGCGACUCCGAUCGGUUCUCCCCGUGUCCCCUCGACUGUCGGUUCUUCACUAGUGACGCCAGUUGCUCGGGAUGUCGUGGAGCCCGAUGAUAGUGCCCACGCAUCUCGCUGCACUGCACCCGCCUCGCACGCUUCGCUCGCUCGCUCUGCUUCGCUGCUUGCUUCGCCGCCUGCUGAGGACGAUCAGAGAGCUCAGCACCAUGCGCCGCUUUUGCCAUGCUCUGCUGCCGCUUUCGCAACGCCUGGCACGAUGCACGCCGGCAUGCUGCCUGCUUCUGCCACCGCUCGUGCUUUGCCUUUGUUGCCUGCCUUUUCUGCGUCCGCUGCUCCUGCUGCUUCCGCACCUGCCCUUCUUCCGACCGAUUCUUUGUCUUGUCCUCUGUCCCUUCGCGGGGAUCCAGAGGGCGCUCGGGCCCUCUUUGGGUCCGGGCCGGACGGCCGUGGUCCACCGAUUUCGGACCCGGCGUCCUUUCGUCCACCGCGCCCCGAUUCUUAUGGGCCGGUGGCAGGCCGCGGUGGAGCCUCGCUCCCCGACGAGCCCAUGAGCGAGCACCCGGGUGCACCCCAUGUUUCCGUCGCAACGAUUACUGCGGCGGAUCAUGGUGGUGCUGCCCCCGCCACCGAUAACGGCGGGAGGCUUCCCGGUCCCUGCGCUGUCAGGGCCCUGGUCGAUGAAGCCAUUGGGUCGGAAGCAUCCGCGCGUAUCGCCACCGAUAUUCUGGCGAUCGCGCAGGGUGUGACCAAUACCCAAGCCGACCUCGAUAUUCUGAGGAACGGCGUCUCGGACAUUGCUGAAGCACUUGAAGACAAGAUCCGAGAAAUGUGGGAGCUUCUACAGGCCGAGAUGAGGAGGGAGCGUGAACUACACACGAUCUUUCAGGACUCCGUCCGCGAUAGGCGGAUUUCGGACCAUGAAACUCUUGAAGAGCAUUUUGCGAGGCUCAACUCGAUGGUCAACGAUCGAUUCAUUGAGUUUGAUGAGCGGAUUCACCGAUUCAACGAAAAGCGUGCUGGAUCGAUAUCCAUGCAGCUUGCUGAGACGAUCCGCCACAUCAAGCAUUACCCUGAUGCGCUGCAGCAAAUUCAGAUCAAUAUCUCAAAUGCUGAGGCGCGUAUCGCUACGGUUGAGCAGAAUGCUACACACCGUAUCGAGGUCAUUAGAACCGAAAUGAGCCGUGCUCUCUACGAUCAUAAGGAGAGUAACCGGGUUCUCAUCGAUCAGCUCACUGCUCGCAUUCAGCAUCUUGAGAGUGCUCAUGUCCGCAGGGGUGGUUCUGACAUGUCGACGCCUUCGCGUCCGGAACGGACGCAGUUCUUCGACAUCAGUGACCAUGAUGGGGAUAUCCCACGCGCGCGCAGCAACGAGUCGCUGAUGAUCAUCCUCCUGAAAGUCGCGGGCAAAAUAAUCCUGUUGAGCCCGUCCGACAACAUUAUGGCCAAACGUCUGCCUCUUUUUCAGGAAGAUCUCCGAUUCCGACCGUUCCGUCCACAAAUGCCGCCGGAGCGACAUCCGGCCAAGCUCCGAGUGUCAGACCCUUCCCUGUCGAUGAUGAUCUGGCCAUUCGCAGUGGAAAGGGACCUUGAAGAUGGUAUGAUGCAAUGCUUGGCCGAUCCAAUCUCAUUGGCAGCGGUUCUGGUGCACCUGUUCUCCAUAGCGAGACUGGUGGACCGCCGCCCGCGCAUGGCGGUGACGGUGGUUCUUUCGGUGGUGGUGGCCCCAACGAUAACGGGGGUGCAUAUGGUGGUGGUUUGUGGACAUGGACACCACGGGUCCGGUUUCGGCCCUGGUGGCGGUGGUGGACCACCCAGUGCCCCGCCCGGCGGCCCGCCUGGUGGUGGUGGCCCUCCUGACGGGAAUGGCCUGCCUGAUGGUGGACUUGAUCCGCCUAGCAUCAGGCCCUCCGGCCGGCCGAGCGGGAAUGAUACUUUCCAGUGCGAACGCUGCACCGGAACUUUCCCGACCACCGUGCGGCGAUCGUGCAUUUCUUGCCGAUUCUCGUGUUGCAACGGAUGUUGCCGAGAUCCUUUGAGAAUCUGUCUCGUGUGUCUUGAGAGACAGACUGGGAAUCCGCCCGGUCCCAACGAUACGGGAUUCGGUGGACCCAAGGGCGAUGGAUCGCUGAGCGAGGCUAAGAAGGCGAAGUGCAAGUCCUUCCGACUCGAUCCCGAGCCGGAGCCCGCUCAGCUGCGGCGCUGGAUCGUCGACAUGAAGGAGCGAGUUGCAAAUGCAUUCGCAUACGAUCCCGGAUACGCACUCUCGUGGGUUGAGAUUCCCGAUGGUACACGAUAUGAAGACCUUCUUGAUGAGUGCAAGUACGGAAUGCUUGAGAAUGAAUGCAACUCUGCAUUCCGCGAGUGCGUCAAAUCCAUUGCACUAAAGAAUAAGACCCAGACCGAAACCGAGCGCAUGCAUACGAUAAAUCGGCGACUCGGCAGUAGGCAGAUCUUGUGGUUGUUGUAUGAUUUCCUUCGACCACAUGUCACUGGCGAUUCGACCUUCAAGCUCGUCGAUCUGAUGAAGACCACGAUUGAUCGGUUUACUCAUGGAUCCGAGCAGGAGAGGCUAGAAGCCUUCUCCAAUCGGUGGGAUCAUGUUCUCGCUGGUAUCUCAGUCGAUCGUCCCGAAGAUCCUGUUCUCUGCGCACUCUUCUAUGAGCAGGUACGUGAGUUCCGCUGUCUCGAGCUCGAUAUGCAAUUGUGGGACAGGGACGUGUCUGUCCGGAACUACGCGUAUUUGCGGACUGUCUGCGUCAAUGCGAUUACAACUUACAACUUGGCGCCGGCGUCGCAACCAGGAGAAGAUGUACACCGCUACUCGAUCCACCUCUGCGCAAAGACGGCGCUCGUCGCCCAGACGAUCCUCCCCGAGGCGCGGUUCGCCGAGGCGAUACUCGCCGCGCAGUCCGGGAAGGGCCGCUCCUGCCCCAACGUCGACGUGAUCAAUAAUAUUCCAUACCUUGCUCCAAGUGAGACAGAGGUAGUGGCCGGCCGACCUGAUCUCCCUCGUGUGUAUCCGGCUCUCCCAGCACCGAUUAUCGUCCACGAAAAGGUCGUUGCAGCUGGUGAAGAGCCUGGCAGCGAAUUAGACGCUGUCGGAGAACUUGAUCUCGAUAUGCCCAACGCCAAGAGCGUUCAGAAGAGUGCACCUGACGAUAACAAGAAGGUGCCCGAUAAGGGGUUUGAGAAGUUUGGCGAACACGUUACCAUCGACACAAUGGUGUUGCAUGGGCUCGGCAAUCGCGGGAAUAAUGGGGAGACGGAUGCUGUCGUCUUCUACGAUCUAGCAACCGAGUGGCUGGAGAGCGUUCCCGUUAAGGGAAGAACGAAUGCCGAUACGCUUCGAGCAUUUCAGCAGGUCUUUGGCGAUCUUCGAGAUGUGAACUCGUUCUCCAUGGAUGUGGAGAGGAGGUAUGCAUCUUCUGCGAUUCGGGAAAUCUACUGUGAUAAAGCCCGUGAGUUCAUAUCGACCUGCAAGAAAGUCGGCAUAUCUGUGAAGCACUCCACCCCGGGAAUGCCACGAACUAAUGCCAUUGCCGAGAGCAAGGUGAAGCUUGUCCUUCAUGGCGCACGUGUGGCGCUACGACAAGCGGGAUUGAGCGCCAAAUUCUGGCCUUAUGCAUGCAAGCACUUCUGCCAUGCUCGCAACAUCGAAUUGCGCGAGGGUCAGAGUGCCUAUGCGAUGCGAUUUGAUGGUGUUGAGUUUGACGGUCAGAUUCUGCCGUUUGGUUGCCUUGUUGACUUCUAUCCUACGCCGGCACGAAAGCAGACCCGGCGGAGUCAGAGAGAUGAAGUCGUCCUCGGCGAUGGUGAGGAGUACGCCGUACCUGCGCCUGGAGACGACGGACUGAUUGAUGUCGAAAUUGGUUUCGAUGACGAUGGUUAUCUUGAGUGGAUUGAUGAUGGAGACAAUGAUCAAUCUGGCACUCUCCAGGGCGCCGACGUUGACCAACGCUUGUCGUCUUACCAACGCCCCAGUAAGUUCUCCCCUACGAGUAAGCCUGGUAUUUUUCUGCGUUAUCAUUUUGAGAACGGGGGCAAGUGGGACGGUGACUACAUUGUCGCCGAUUUGGAAGACUUCAAACGCGAUGCAUUGCGUGCGAGCGUCCAUCAAGUCAAGAAGAUAUAUUGUUCACCCAAGGAGCGAUGGACGUUCCCGAUGCUCGCCGUGUACGACAAGCAGACUCGAUCAAUGUGCAUCAACGAUCCUGCGAUGAAAUCCUGUGCGCCUCGGUCAAGUGAGCGCCUUGACGCCUCUGAUAUGCUCGAACUCGAAGAUAUCGAUGAAAUAUUUGCCCUCGACGAGCCGACCCGAAUGACCGAAGAAGAUGUUCGGCGGGCUCGUGAGGCCGAGUUACGAGCCGAAUCUUCUCAUGGAGGAGGUGUCGACUACUGGGAUUAUGAUCCAUCGAAUCAUAAGUGGACUUAUCACGUAGUCGUCCCGAGAAAGGCGAUGAUUCAUCCCAGUAAGACUCCCGGAUCUAUUGGCGAAUCGCCUGAUCCGUGGAAGCUGAGCACAGUGCGUAUUUCGCAUGUUCAGUAUAAGGAUAAAGGCCCGGUUACGAUCUAUGAAACCGGCUAUGCCUUCGGCAAGACGAGACUCAUGCAACUCUGGACAGGCACUGUCGAAUUCUUUGAUGAUGGCUUUGCCCCAUCCAAGAAGAAGUUACCUCCUUACCAUGGGUCGGAGAUCCUGGAGGGCGAGGGGGGUUUGCCUUAUCGUCAGAGUGUGCCGCGCUCCGAGCGUAUCUACAGAGGGUCUCGAAAGCCGAACUCUAUCGACUCAGAAUCCUGGCGCAGCAUGAAUCGCGCCGAACGGGAGGGAUAUGUCGAGGCUGAGCGCCGAGAAGCUGAGUCUCAUGCCAUGUCCCGAGAGGACUCUCGCGAUGCUGCUCCUGUCGACAUCGCUUUCGACUCCGAAUAUGAGUCGGGUGCUGAACGACAUGAUAAGGAUUACUGGUAUCACGAUGUCGCAGCUGGCACGAUCACCCGAUUUCAUGUGAUCGAGCGCCGAGCGCGCUUUAAUCCAACCUCAGUGAAGGACUGUCCCGUCGAUCCUGCGACCUUGACUGAUGUCAGGAUGACUAUGGCCAUGACCGAUGGCACGGAGUUUACAUUGCAGGAUUCAUGGAGAUCAUCCGAUGUGCGAUCUCUACCAUGUCGAUGGACAGGAAAGACCGUUUUCGUUAUCGGUUCUUCUGCUAAAACACAGAUCAGGGUUCGCACCAGUCUGCCGAAUAAGGACGGCACAGAGCGCCGAGUGCAAACGGCGAAUGGCUAUUAUGGCCACGCCUUGCGCGCGAAGGGACGUGUUGUCAUCCCUGCCAAGUCCCGCGCCUGUGUUGUUACCGACCUUGAGUUUGAACCCCCAAGCGGUAUGUCGGCCCGCCUUCAGCCGCUCCGCGGUAGUGGCCUCGAUAUUUGUCCGGCCAUGUACACGUAUAACGAGGGGGCAACCCAAUCAGGGGUCGACGUCCUUAAUCCUACCGACACCGACCUUGUUGUCGAGCCAGGACAGGACGUGGCAGUGGUUCAGUUCUACACUUCUGUGCUAGCCGCGGUUGAACUUGAUUUCACGGAUGAGGAUGCCGGGGAUGGUCUAUCUGCCCCGGUAGAGCCCUCCAACGCUUGUGUGGCUACCGAUGCAGCCCCUGCGAUGUCUGUUCGUCCCGAUCCUCAUUCGCACCGCUCUCCAGACUCUUCGGUGUUCUUCUACAGUGCAUGUGUCGCACGGCCUGUUGAUCGAAAGGAACGUGAACCCAAGAAGGCAUUUCCCGAGCUCACUUUUGGCGAUCGUGACACUACUGUCGCUCAGGGCUCUGUCGGUCCUCGCGAAAUCCGAAUGAUCAAGUACGGUAUGCGAUCGUUCAUGGAGCAAUGUGUCUCUCGAUACGUUGAGCUCUGUGGUCCUAAAUACAAAGCCACCUUGCGGUCGGCUGACACGCCGUUCCUCGAUGAGUCGCGACCGGAGUUCGAUACUAAUCCGGAUCGUCCCGAGGUGAACCGCUUGUUGGGCCAUCCCAUCGAUACGCCUGUGCCUCCUGGUAAGGGCGUUCUUGGUGACUGCGCUGCUGCUGUCCUGAUGAAAAUCUUGUAUGGUGCUCGCAUGGGACGAUACGAUCUCAUUCGCCCCGUGCAGGCACUUGCUAGUCUCAUCACCAAGUGGGAUGGUUUGUGUGACAAGAAGCUUCAUCGUUUGGUGUGUUAUAUCAAUUCCACCCUCGAUCUCAAUUUGUAUGGUUGGAUUGGUGAUGCGCCCGAGAUGUUGGAGCUUGUGCUCUAUUGCGAUGCUGAUCUUGCGGGCGACCGCACUGAUUCCAAGAGCACUUCUGGCGUCUUCAUGUGUCUUCUUGGCCCGCGUAGCUUUAUGCCUCUUAAUGCGCUGUCCAAGAAGCAGACCUCUGUGUCGAAGUCUACUCCCGAAGCCGAAAUUGUCUCUCUUGAUCACGCGGUCUAUAAACUGGGACUGCCCGCUCUCUCCAUGUGGGAGUAUAUGUUGGGCCGCCGUUUCCGUUUGCGUGUAAUGGAAGACAAUGAAGCUGCCAUCCGUGUCAUUGUCACUGGUCACAAUCCUAAUAUGCGUCAUAUGUCUCGUACCCAGCGUAUCGAUAUUUCUGCGUUGAAUGAACGCUACCACGCUGGUGACUUUAUGUUCGUGACGUGUCCCUCUCAGUUUGAGGCUGGUGAUAUCCUGACCAAGGCCUGCACUGAUGCUAAAGUGUGGGGAAAGAACAAGCAGCCACCGAAGAAGGCUGCUGCCAAGACACCGGCUGCCCGAUCACCUCAGCCGAAGUCUCCCUCGCCUUGCGGGGAGGGCCUUCCGAGCGGUCCGAUUGCGCCGACUACGGAAAGGCCUCCUGCUCCGCCGAUCCCCACGGAGCAGGCUGAUUCCAACAUGGGCGCCGAUGAAGCCCCAGUCCCGAUUCAGACCCCGAGAGAUGAGUCUACUGGGGGUGGGAAGCGCUCCGAGGACGUUCCGAUAGGAUUGAGGAUGAAAGCAAUGAUGCUGAAGAUCGGGGUCCAAGAGAUCCCACAGGCCUCAAUCUGGCAGCGCCUCGAACAGCUGGCAUGCAACUCUGGUUUCGACCAAAGGCUGCAUCAGCUGGUUGACUCCUUCCUCCUCUCUAAUCAUCCGCUUGCGGAUAAGCAGAGGAAGCAGUACCCCCGAGAGUUUAUGGACUUCAUCGACCGAUACAGGGUGAUGUGCGCUCUUGCAUUUUCCCGAGUGGCAACGUUGUCUGGUGAUGCCGCAGGGGUCCGCGAGAAAAUGGACCUUACGAUGGCACUGGCUCGCCACUGUAUGCACUUUCAAGCGCAAACCUUUAAGGGAUCUCGAGAGACACUGAGCAACGAUACGCUCCGUCUCAUGGGAACCUGUUACAUUCCGUCGCCUCUUGCGAGCUGGAACCGAAAUCUCAUGGGAUUCAGCAGUUCGUCUGCGGAACAGCGAUGGUUGAGGACCGAUACGAGUAUCAAACACAACGACCUCACCAAGUUGUCGCCCAUUGAGUUGUCAAGGGAUGCGGUCAACCCGGCUGAAGCCGCGAAGUUCUUCAAGGGAUUUCUGCAGCUCAGGCCGACACUUUCUUUCAUCCCUGGAGCGUUUCUGGCAAUCAAGGCCCUUAACCGAUUUCCCACGCUGGAUUCUCUGAAAGAGCAAGCGACUCAUCUCGAGAAUGAUCGCAAGGAACACGGCUACGAUCUUCCUGCCGUGGAUGCGAACGGGAUUGGUGAAGUGGCCGCCUUUCGCAACGAAGACGACGAUGAAAAUAACCCGCUGAUGCGCGGGUGGGUCUCGUUCAUGAAGGCGAUGGCUGAGGCCUACCCCGGGCGAUGCGUCAGCAUCGAUGAUACGCUCAACUGGGGAGCCAGCACCCAAAUGACCUACGAGGACGGUGCGUCACAGAUCACCAUCCGCCCGACUGACGGUCUAUUCGGGGAGGAUUACGUGACGGACGAUCAUGGAAGUCACGAACCCUGCGUCUGGGUGACUGGACACGCCCCCGAGGCUGCUGGUAGCUAUGCAUCUGGCACGUACCUCGGCGGAGGCUACUGGUUCCAGGUGAUGAUCUGCGUCUCCCGAACUAUGGUGAACAGCCACAGUCGCACGACAAAGAAGCUGGGGGGAUCCCAGAAGCAGAUCCGCGUAGGAACUCGAUUUCUCGAGCUGUGCGGAAUCGCGUUCAGGCCCUUCCGCCUCUUGGAUGACCGCGAGCAAGGAGUUUCUACUUCCCCGAACUACGUCGUCCACGGACACCGAUUCCUCAGUGCCGAUGGGAUGAAAGCAGUGGCUUGGCACCCGUUGAUGGAAGCGAGCCCGAUCGAUCCUCGCAUUCUGAAGCUGCUGGGAGACAGUGUCGCGCGCGACAGUGUCGAGUUUGCCGACCUCACGAUUCAGGGGGGCAACACUACCCAACAGGCUGCAUCUACCGAGCCGGAGCAGCCUGUAGCAACCGCGGCUGAUGAUCAGGCUGCGGCAGGUGGUAGUGAGGCAACGGAGCGAAUCACCGUCAACCCAGUAGUGCUUCGACGCAAUCACUGGAUGCCCGACACGUACGGGACGAGCGAGCAAGCCACUGUCGGUGGCAGGUAUGCAUUGCUAUCCGAGCUCCAGUCCUCUAGCUACCGAAUCGAGCUUGCUCCUUUCUUCCAGUAUCGUGCACCCAUCCUGGGAGAGGAAGGCAGCCAAGGUUUGCCAAAGCCUACAAAGCUCGAGACAAUUGCCGGAGGACCCUCCAAAGAGUGGGAGGCAUGGUGCAGGCACUACCGAAAGGCAUACGGUGCUCUGCUCGGCAACUUCGGCUACACGCCCGCCAAGAAUAUCAAGGGUAUCGUAUACGAUGAAGAAAAUACGACGGAUAUCAUUGGCGCGCCUGUUUGGAGCCCAGCCGAUGCUCUUGUGGCUGUCUCGAUUCACGGGAUCAGAACGGUCACGACAAUUGAGCGAUGA